AUGGCGGAGAAGAAUGUGGUGCACAAGCGCAUCGUGUAUGGAAACACGGCACACAUCAUUGAACGAUCGCCAGACUCGCCACACACGCACGAGUGGAAGCUUUACGUCCAAAGCGCAACCAACGAGCCACUGGAGAACUUUGUGAAGAAGGUGACAUUCACGUUGCACCCCAGCUUCAAACCCCCAACACGAGUCGUGGAUAAGCCGCCCUUCCAAGUUGUGGAGAAUGGCUGGGGCGAAUUCGAGGCACAAAUCAAAAUUCAGUUCCACCCAACAACCCUCAAGUCGAUGACGCUUCGACACAUUGUGCGGCUGUUCCCGAGCGACAAAACCAUCACCGCCGACGACAACUCCGUUGUCGCGGAGAGCUUUGACGAGCUGGUGUUUUCCAACCCUUCUGAUUCCAUGGCCAAGUACCUCAACAAAGAGCCGAGCCCCAUGCUGCAGCCCCGCGCUCGUGAUUAUGCCGCAGUGGAAACGCAGCAGCUGAAGGCAAUACAGGCGGCGAAAGCAGACUUGGAGGCGCAAAUGGCAGCCGUACAAAAACAGCACAAGGCUUUGGAAGAGGAAUCGGUUGCCUUGAAUCAAGAGCUGGCACAGUUGCAGCGUGAAUGA